AUGUCAAAAUCAAUCUGUGUCAAGGAACCAUGUCAGAAUCAGUCUGUGUCAAGGGACCAUGUCAGAAUCAGUGUGUGUCAAGGGACCAUGUCAGAGUUAGAUCUGGUCAAUGAGAACAGCGACAGCACGGUCAGGAAAAGUGAUGCUAAAAAGCGUCGAGCAUUUCAGCCAAUCGAAGCAAUUCCUUCACCUCCGCUUCCCCGCUCUGCUCAUCCUCCUCCUCCGCCCAUUUCGUCUCAGGUGGCUCCCCCUGUGAAUGAGAGUGAUAAUAAUUCUGAACAAUCGUCACGGUCUAGGAGAGGGAGCCACUCUGAUAAUUCUUCAUCAGUUUCUCAGACAUCCUAUGAUCCAUCACAGCCUAAUUUUCGAAAUAUGGAUGGUGAGAUUCCAGACUUUUCAGGAGACAGUCAGUCAGGGGAGAUCACUGUGGUGUCUACCAAAUUUUCUGGAUCUAAGGGUAAGAAAUGCUUGAAAACUGUGGUAGUGUUCUUCACCUUGAACUAAA